GCUACUACCUCCAAGCGCGCGCCGCUGUGCAGUGUUCAGUGACAUCGAUCAGGAUCACCAGACACAGACACUGACACUGACAGCGCGCGCCGCCCGCUAUGGCGUCCCCGACCUGCCGCCUCGUGUCCCUCGUGCUCUGCCUGGGGGCGCUCGCCGUGCUCCUGGCGGCGCGGGGCGCCGACGCGGCCCGCGCCUUCUUCGUCUUCGGCGACUCCCUCGUCGACAACGGCAACAACAACUACCUCAUCACGGCGGCGCGCGCCGACUCGCCGCCCUACGGCAUCGACACGCCGGACCACCGCGCCACGGGGCGGUUCAGCAACGGCAAGAACGUGCCGGACAUUAUCAGUGAGCACCUCGGCGCGGAGCCCGUGCUGCCGUACCUGAGCCCCGAGCUCGACGGCGAGAAGAUGCUCGUCGGCGCCAACUUCGCGUCCGCCGGCGUGGGCAUCCUCAACGACACCGGAAUCCAAUUCGCCAACAUCAUCCACAUCGCCAAGCAGCUGCGCUACUUCGAGCAGUACCAGAAGCGUCUGACGGCGCUGAUCGGCGCGGACGCGGCGACCCGGCUGGUGCGCGGCGCGCUGGUGCUCAUCACGCUGGGCGGCAACGACUUCGUGAACAACUACUACCUGGUGCCCUACUCGGCGCGGUCGCGUGAGUUCUCGCUGCCGGACUACGUCUCCUACAUCCUGUCAGAGUACGCCCAGGUCCUGGAGCACAUGUACGAUCUCGGCGCCCGGCGGGUGCUGGUGCAGGGCGUCGGCCCCAUCGGGUGCGUCCCGGCCGAGCUGGCGCUGCACAGCCUAGACGGCACCUGCGACCCGGAGCUGCAGCGCGCCGCCGAGAUGUACAACCCGCGGCUCAUGUCCCUGCUGCAGGACCUCAACGCACGCCACGGCGGCGAGGUGUUCGUCGGCGUGAACAUGAAGCGGAUCCACGACGACUUCAUCGACGACCCCAAGGCGUACGGCUUCGAGACCGCCACCGAGGCGUGCUGCGGACAGGGAAGGUUCAACGGCAUGGGGCUGUGCACCAUGGUGUCCAGCCUCUGCGCCGACCGCGACAGCUACGUGUUCUGGGACGCCUUCCACCCCACGGAGCGCGCCAACCGCCUCAUCGUGCAGCAGUUCAUGUCGGGCUCUGUGGAAUACAUCGCGCCAAUGAACCUCAGCACCGUCCUCGCCAUCGACGAAGAACUCGAGAGGCAGCAGCAAAGCACAUUGCCGUGAUGUCAUGCAUGUCAUCCGCCGGCCUGAUGAUGGAUGCAGGCCUCCGGCCAUCUGCAGCAGCUAAUUCAGCUUCAUCGCCAUUUGUUGCAUAUAUGCAUGCAAUUCGAUCGCGUUCGUUCCUUGGAUAUCAUCUCGAGUUUUUGAGGGUGUGUGUGUGUGUAGAGAGAGUACUCCCUAGCUAGUCCUGGCUGCUAGUAGUAGUAGUAGCUAGUGCAAGCCAUCAUCAGUUUCUUCGAUCGGUUUCAGUCGUCGUCAAGUGCAGAGAAUCCAGAUGUGGUUUUCUGCAUGCAGGGUUUCAAAUUUAUGUCGGUGUGGUUGCAUGUACCGUGUAAGUGUGUGACAGUGACGACCAUAUCUUGUCAAUUGUCAUAUAGGACAGCUUCUUAUAAUUUAUAUAAAUUUUUCAGGGGAUUCAUAA